AACAUUUUUUAAAAAUUUCUAUUCAAUAUAUUCGAGUAUAUUUAGUAUACACUACUAGUUAAGUACAGUCAUAGGUAUACUAUUUAAUUUGUUAACCACCCUAAAUUAGCUAGAUACAAUCAACCAAUAACAAUGUUAGCUAGUACAAUUUAUGUUGGUGGUAUUGUUUUGCUAGCCAUGGCUAGUAAUAUGAUGAUAAUGCUAACUGUCCAUGGUGCUAGCAUUGAUCAGCAACAGGGGUCGGCAGUCUGGCAUGUCCAAAUGAAAGAGCAUGUCGAUAAAGUAUUCAAAGUAGUGUGCACACCUGGCAAGGUUACCACUCAAUUAGUUAAUCAAUAUAAUAAAUGUCGGCCAGUAUUGGAUGAUUCACGAAAGACGGCCAACAUGAAAAAAUACGAUGAAAAACGUGAACAAUUGCGCAAUGAUUGUUCAAUUGGCCAGGAAAAAUCAUUGGAAGCAUUUAGCCAGCUAGAUUUAAAAGAUAGACAAAUCAAAUUGACCAUGCUAGAUUUAUGUUCGCCUAGUUUUCUAGUAUGUGUACAGAAAAAAUGGGAAACAUUUAUCAUCGAAAAUAAGCAAACAUUCAUCGAAUUGGACAAAGAGGCCGCCAGUUAUUACAACUUGUUUCAGAAACCGGUUUCAUGGACUGAUAUUGUGACAUGCGAGAAAAAGGUUCUUGGUAUAAAUUAAUUGAAUAGAUGGUCCCUGAUGAUCAAUAAUUUACAAUUAAAAUAUAUCAACAUAUAUAUAUAUAUAU